AUGGAGCUUGAUCUUGAACAAGCUUUGGAUUUUAUGGAGAGAAGACAUUUUAAAAGAGCAAUGAAAUAUUAUGAGAAGAAAAAGGAGAAACGAAGAUUUUCUCGAGAACAAAUCUCAAACAAUCCUGACGAAUCUGAUGUCCCUUCUUCAUUUCCACUUGGUCUUGAUUUCAAAUCGAAAAGCAAAAUAGAUGAACAAACUAGCUGCUUCUUGAAAAAUGAUAUCAAUGAAAAUGCUAUGGAUUGCCAAGGAAAUCUUACCAAUGUAAAUCAGGUCGAAAAUAUUCUUUCAAAUGAUGACGAGAUUAUUCAUUAUUUGUUCGAUGGUUUCGAAUUGUCUAAUGCCGGCUCGAAUAUUAACACUGAAGAUGUAUUGCAUUCUUAUACACAUAUUUCAACCAAAGAAUUUUCUUCAAAGUUAUUGACCUUAUUAAGAAGUUCCAACACCUGUAAAUCGCAAGCAAAUCGUUUUUUAUCGUUUAUAAGCUCAAUACUUCCAUCACCAAAUAAUGCUCCAAAGACAAUGGACGAUCUUUUGCAACAGUUAGAUAUCGAAAAUAAUAUUUUCAAGAAAUGUAUGUUAUGUACAAGCUGUAAUGAAUAUAUAUCACUUCGAAAAAUGUUUUGUUCUAAAUGCUUAUCAACGGAUGCGAGGAAUUUUGCCUUUGUGUACGAUAUGAACAUAGAAGAAUAUAUCAAAAAGGUUUAUGUGAGAUUCAGAGUCGAGAUCGAUGAAUAUCGAAAUCAACUUUUUUUGCGUCAAGAUAUGGAGAAAACUAACGACAUAGGAUUUAACCAUGUUUAUCAACAAUUGUUGAAGAACAAUGAAAACGAUGAAUUUAUUACAUUUUUAUUGCAUAUCGAUGGAAUCAGUUUAUCAAAAUCAUCUAAUUUGAAAAUGUGGCUGUUCUCUGGUUCAAUAAUUGAGUUACGUCCUCAAUUACGAAGUCAUCGUUACAACAAUAUUAUUUUUUCAUUCUGGUUUGGCUACAAAGAACCUGAUGUGAAGAUUUGGCUGCGAAACUGUACGAAUUUGAUAAGAUUAGUAAAAACAAAAGGUUAG